ACCCGGCCCCAAUACACGGCCAGACACCUGCAGGACGAUGUCGGACGGUUUCUCUCUCUCCGACGCCUUGCCUGCUCACAACCCUGGUGCCCCUCCACCCCAGGGCUGGAACCGGCCCCCGGGGCCUGGGGCCUUCCCGGCGUACCCUGGAUACCCAGGUGCCUAUCCUGGCGCACCAGGACCAUACCCAGGGGCACCCGGACCACAUCAUGGACCGCCAGGACCAUACCCUGGAGGACCACCAGGACCAUACCCUGGAGGACCACCGGGACCAUACCCUGGAGGACCACCAGGGCCAUAUCCUGGAGGACCAACUGCACCGUACUCUGAAGCUCCAGCCGCUCCACUGAAAGUCCCCUACGAUCUGCCCCUGCCAGCAGGACUCAUGCCUCGGCUGCUCAUAACCAUCACGGGGACUGUGAACUCAAAUCCCAACAGGUUUUCACUGGAUUUCAAGAGGGGGCAAGACAUUGCCUUCCACUUUAACCCCCGUUUCAAGGAAGACCACAAAAGGGUCAUUGUCUGUAAUUCAAUGUUCCAAAACAACUGGGGAAAAGAGGAGAGAACAGCUCCUAGAUUUCCAUUUGAACCUGGAACCCCCUUCAAGCUCCAGGUGCUCUGCGAGGGGGAUCACUUCAAGGUAGCAGUGAACGAUGCUCACCUGCUGCAGUUCAACUUCCGUGAGAAGAAGCUGAAUGAGAUCACCAAGCUCUGCAUUGCCGGGGACAUCACUCUCACCAGUGUUUUGACCUCCAUGAUUUAAUUACCAAGCUGUACCUUUAACACAAGACUAGCACUCCUCAGAGAGUUGUAACAGGAGUGCCCUCCCGUGUGAUUGUUCUGAAGCAAUAAAGCACUUUCACAAGUAAAA